AUGCCGCUUCCUGCCAUCCUUGUGGACACUGGUGAUGACCGUGACGACUACGCGCCUUUUCUUGAGGCCGUCCUCCGCGGCAACCUGACCAGAGAAGAAGCGGAUGAUACGCAGCCUGUGUGCAUUGUGAUUACCGAUAUCCCUGACUUGGUCCCUGCACCUCGCGUGCACAAGUUCGUGGAGCCGGUGACGGACGGGACGUUCUUUGCGCGGAUCGCUGGCAUCUCUUCCGAUGCGUAUGCGCAUGCGCCCGAUGCUAAACCUGGCCAAGAGCUUCUGUGGCCACUGCGGGAUGGUCAGACCAUUCGCGUAGAGGACCCGGAAGACCCGACCGCGGUCUCGUCGCUCCGUGCGCUCUAUACGCCUGGCCAUGCUGCGGAUCAUGCAUCGUUCUUGUUGGAGGAGGACAACAUCUUGCUCACAGGUGACAAUGUGCUGGGCCGCGGCUCAACUGUUUUUGAAGAUUUGGUGCUUUACCUGCGCAGCAUUCAACGGAGUCAAGCGUUGAUGUCGUGCCGCCGCCCAACUCCCCUCGGCGUGUACGGCACGCCCCUUACUGGAGCUUCUGGCGAGAAUGUCUUAUAUCCUGGUCACGGCCCUGUAAUUCCGCGUGGAAAAGACACGCUGCGCCGCUACAUUCAGCAUCGCCUCGAGCGCGAGGAGCAGAUCCUUGCGCUUCUCUGUGGCAGGCCUGGCGACAAGGCGUUUGCGACCGAGGCGGUCGCCUUCUCUGACCGUGUUGUGCGGAAGCAAGAGCUUGCACAAGGACCUCGGCAUCCCUGGACGCUGCAUCAACUGAUUGCCGUGCUCUAUGCCGACUACGAGACCAAAAUGUACCCCGCCGUCGCGCGUGGUCUUCUUUUGCACCUACAGAAACUGUGUCGGAGCGCUGGAGACUUGCCGAAUCCUCCGUUCUACGUACGCGAACCGCUGCCCUCGACGCCGUGGGCGCGCAAGAAGCGGCUCGUAAAAAGCACGCGCCUCCCUUCCUACCAACGAGGGAACAGUGACAUCCCCGAGGCAGCCAAGAAUGAGGCCGAAUGGUGGGAAUUGAUGGAUGUCCCCUGGAUCCUCGUAGAGUAG